CUAUCAUCAAUGACAUCUAUUAAAGCAGCCCUGAUCAUUAGAGUGACUAACCAACAAUUGCUCUUCUCUAAGUCAUAUGAUAAAAAGAAAGUAAAAUUAAAUUAAAACUUAUAUAGAUGGACUAAGAUUCUUAAAUUAUUUUAGAACACAUGUCAUAAAUAUUUCCAAGAGCGGAAGAACGAGUUACUCUAAAAACUGCUAAUGGAGUUUGGCGUUACAAACUUGAUGAUAACAAAAUUGCUUAUGCAUGUAUACCAUUGUAUAUAAAUUAGUACUUGCUAUAGAGAGCUACCCGGAUAGACACAUACAUGCUAUGAUACGAGUAAGAUAUAUUAAAAUUUUAAGGAAAUAGAAAAUGAAUUAAAGAAAAUGCCUAAUUAUGUUGAUUCUAAACCUAAUGAUGUUGAGAAAUAUGCAAAAAUCUGGAUGAAAUAACUCCAUGAAAAAUACGAUAAUUUGGCUGCAGUAGACAAAGUAAUACAUACAUUCUUAUUUAUUAAGGUUUACGCAGCAUAAUAAAAAGUUGACGAGGUGUAAAUUGUUAUGGAAGAAAACAUACACAAAAUGAUAACUAAUACGGAAAACCUUAAUGUACAUUUUGCACAACUACUCAUAGGAUUUAGAUAAAAAAGCAAAAGAUUUAACAAUUUAAGCGCUCGUUAUCAAAAUAGUCAAGUGAACUUGCUAAAAUUAUGUAUUGGAGGAACAUGAAACUAAAGAUUCUUAUUGGCCUUGUCGUAUUAGCCGGAAUGCUUUAUAUUAUUGUCCCGUUUACUAUAAGAGCU